AUGGGAUGUCUUGGUCGUUCCAGACGUGGGUUCGAAAGAGCUGGCUAUCCGAUAGUCAGCCCGGGUGACCGACUUGAUGGCUCUAGGCUGUCCGGCUCGAGAGUUACAGGGCUCACUGAAAUUCAUGUGCUGACAGACAGAAGUGGGGCUCGAACAUGUCAAAGGAUGCCGGCAACCAGUGUACCGAGGCUUGGCUCCUUCACGUCCGUCGGCUGGAAUUUGAUGCCUGAAUUGAUGCACUAA